CUGGGGGAGGGGAUGGGGGUCGCGACCGUUGUUAACGUGCACCUCGGCAACGAGGGCGAUACCGAAAAACAGGUGACCGGUCUCCUGUCGCUGCUUGAGGAUCUCCGCGCGGGAAAUCUACGAACGAGAGAUCUACGAGAGCGAGACGGCAUCCGCAGAGACCAACACAUGCCGAAGACGAGCAACCAGCGACGGCGGAAACUCCGAAGAAAAAAAGGAGAAGAUCUCGCGGUACGCGGCUUGGACGAAGAUCGGAGACUGCUGAUCGUUGUCGGAGACUUCAACUUCGAAUCCACCUCGUCCGGUUACAGGCGCAUGGUAUCCGAGGGCGGUCUUCAAUCCGCCGCAAAUGUUUCCGCCGAAGCAGCAGAAGCAGAAGCGACAGGCUGGUUUCCCCCCGCAACGGCUUCUAAUUUCCCCGCAAUAAUUCCGAAUUAUCCCGUGAAGGUCUAUCACCCCGCACCGAAACUAGCGGACGAUGGCGUCGUCCCCGACAAACGCGAGGUACUUCGGAGCCUUGUCGGUGACGGUGCUGCCGCUGUCAACGCUAGUGAAGGUGUCGCAGGUGGUGUUGAAAACGAUGGUCACCGCAAUGAUGCCCUUGGUGUUGGCAGCGGUAGCGGUGGUGUUGUUGAUGACUUCGACGAUGGAGACGUUGUCGGCGGCGUUUCGGCAAUGAGAGUGGACACCUUUGUUGCCGGAGACGCUGACAACAGAGGCGCCCUAGAUUUCGUUUUUUUUUCUGCCGGAGGCGGCGGAAUCUCGUGCCGGAGCUACGAGGUCCACCGAGAGUUUUCCCAGGAGCGGUACGCGGACGGGUAUCCCUCCGUCGCCGAGUUCGAGGUCUCGUGCCCCCCGCUUGCUCCGGAGUGAGACCACAAAAAAACACAGGAGCAGCGAUUCGUUGCGGUGCGUGUUAAAAAGCACGAAGGUCAGGUGGACUUCCAGCGGGCACGAUGGCUGUUGUUUUUCUCGGGAACGGUAUGCGGAUGGCAACCCUUCCGUCGCCAAGUUCGUAGAUCUCCCGCCCCUCCCUGGCGCUGGAUGACCACCACGUGAUCAAAACACAGGAGCAGCGACGCGUAGCGGUAUAUGCUGAAAGCACGAUGACCACGUUGAUGAGUCGGCCGCUGAACGGCAGUCCAGUGUUUUUUUUUACGUGGUUCACCACGGUGCUUUCCGAGCUUUGUCUCAAAAGUUACGAUAAGUUCCCGAGGAGUCAGAGCGGCGGGCUCUUCCGCUUGCUGCCUCUUCUGACUGUUAGCUGUAAUUCUUUUACCUGACGGCAUGUAGAUACGUCGUCCUAUUUUAUAUCUUUUCGUCUGUACAGUACGGAUACUUUGGAAGGUAGUGAGCGGAGACCAGGACGGUUUUUUGAUGUGAACAGGACAACGACAGCAGGAACAACUGUUUCGUGUAUGUGCGGCGUUGGUAAAGAGCAUCACUUUUUUUCUUUUUUUCUUUUUGCCGUGAACACGGCAUUGAUCGACUGGUGCCAAGCCGACCACCGACGGCUGACCUAGUGAGAAAACAUUCUGCCAAUCCUAACGCCUGCCAUAACAGACUCCCCCCCCGUCGUGUUGGUCUGCAAGCAAGCGGCGUGCACUGUUUUUUUUCGGGCUUGCCGUGGCGAAGUCACCAAGCGUGUGUGGUAGAUAUAUGUAGCAUGCAGGUGGUAGAUAGAUGUAACAUGCAGCAUUUUGGCCCGGCAAUUAGCGAAGGCAUGGCUUAGGUGGCAGAUAGAUGUGGCACGCAGCAAUUGUUUUCAGGCAUAAGAGUGAACGCAUCGGGGGUGCGGCAGACAGGGUUAGCAUGGCGAGUUUGGAGGCGCUUCAGAGGAACCUCAGCGCGCAAACGAACGGCCAGCGACACACAUCGGCAUAUGUCAAGCAUAUU